CGAGGAAUCGCGCAGAACCCGCUGGGACACAGCAGAGACCUUCCCCAGGAUAGAGCCAGAGGGACAGAGAUCCGCUGAUCGAAGGCGUACCGGGACAGAGGGAUCGGUUGGGAUCUGCGGGGGGCAGAGAGAUCCCUGCCGAGAGGGAUCCCCCAGGACAGAGAGACCUUGGCGGAGGGUAGGAUCCAGACCGCGGCAGAAAGUGACCGAGGGUCUUUAACCUACUCAAAACUUCACCGAGGCCCCUGCGGUUGGGGGGAGAUCAGAGCAACCCUGAGGAACUGAGAUUUCAGUCGGGCCUGUGGCGGAGAAACCCGGGCAGGGGCACUGCACAGGCUGUUCUACAAUCGGGAAGGGGUCUGUCCGGGCUCUGUAUGAACAGGACAGGAGCAGGAGGUCAGUGCCCCACGAUGGGCUCAGAAGCUCCCAGCUCCAUUCGGAUGAGCUUAGAGGCUAAAGUGGUCACCUCGGUCACAUACGGUUCCAUCUUAAUUUCUGGUCUGAUCGGAAACCUUCUGGUAAUCUGGGUUAUUUGGAUCUUAAAGAGUAAACGCUGCAUACAGAGAAGUUUAAGGUGCCACAUGGUCAGCAUGGCUUGCUCAGAUCUCCUCACCCUAACCCUGGGGCUACCCAUUGAGUUGUACAGCAUCAUUUGGUGCCCGUAUCCCUGGCCCAUUGGGAAUGUUGGCUGCAAAGGUUUCUAUUUGCUCUGGGAGAUAUGCAGCUACGCGACCAUAUUCAAUGUCUUGGCGUUUAGUUUUGAACGUUAUCUGGCUAUCUGCCAUCCGGUGCAAGCCAAGGUCAUGGCAACAUCAAGAACGAAGAAGUUAAUUGGCAUGGUUUGGGGAAUGGCUGUUAUCACUGGGCUGCCUGCUGCCUUUGCAAUUGGUGUCGAAGAUGCGUGGAAGCCCUUCACAUGUGGACCCCAGCCACUACCACCCCUGUAUAUCUGCACGAACAUUUCUGGACGGAAGGUUAUCUUUGAUCUGGUGAUCUUCAUCUCAUUUUCCCUCUACAUCCUGGUUCUCUUGCUAGUUGCUUUCACCUGUAAACAGAUGAUUAAAACCCUCCUCAAACAUCGACCCGUAUCUGUCGCACUGAGCAGCGUAAACUCCACAGGAGGGCUCCUACCAAAGUGUAAAGAGAUCAGGAGGCAAAAUGUGGUGCUGUUGGGAUGCAUCGUUGCAGCCUUGGCCAUUUGUUGGCUUCCAUUCCAAGCCAGGCGCAUAAUGACGGCUAUGAAAUCCAAAACUCAGUGGACUGAAUAUUACUACAGAUCAUAUCUGAUCAUGCAACCUAUUACCAACACUUUCUACUACCUCAGUUCUGCAAUCAACCCUUUUCUUUACAACAUGACUUCUAAACAGUUCCGCAAGGUGUUUGUGCAAGUACUGAGAAGCUGCUGUCAGUCCAGCCCAGUACCAUCAAGGCAGGAGAGGAACUCGCAAUUAGAUUUGAAACAAAAGCCUAUUUCAUUAAGUGGGAGGCAUGCUUAUCCAAGAUUGAAAGAUUUGAAGAAUCGUCUCACUGAGUAAUUCUUACUUUUUCUUCUGAAUGAGGUAAAGAUGUUCUAAGCUUAGUUAAAAUACAUAUAACAGGUUCAUUCUUUUAAGGUAAUAAUGUGGCCAAAUCACACCAAGGGCUCCAUAUUUGCCACUUACCUGACUACAGUGACACCUUUUGGAAGACAAAAUUCCAGCCACUUAGGGACAAUAAAAAGUAAAAUCCAUGAUUGAUUCGCAAAGAUUGUUAGUUGAGGGGAGAAGUAAUGAUACAGAGUGAGGAAAGCAGGAGUGCAAGCUUCACUUUGUGCACCUCCUGAUGAACUAUUUCAUCAUCAAGAAUUCCUAGUGAGGGUUCUAAAUGGUUGUAGUGUAAUUUAAACUCAUAAUACAGGGUUUUUAGGCCCAUUUUUAAAACCACAGUGAUAAUAUUUGAGGUCCUGAAUGAAGGAAGAGAAAUUACUAUUAGAUAUGGAUGUUAUGACGGUAUUUAUUGCUUCAUCUUAAUGCCAUCGAGAAGGUGGUGGUGCCAAGAUAUCAGCCCCUGUUGAUACCAGACAAAUCAGAUCAGAGUGAAAUGGUUUGAUAAGUUUUACUUUUGCAAUAUGGAGGAUACUCACUGAGCAUUAGCACACAAAAAUGUCAGCACUUUUCAUAAAAGAAUGUGUUUAUUGCACAAAAUCAAAGCUGUAUAUAUUACAAUUUUAAAAUAUUUUAUCAUAAACAAGAAAAAAGUUUCAACCUUUUCUUCCAGCAAUAUCCUGUAAAGAAACUCAAUUCGAGCAAUGUAUC